GUUGCGCGCACAUUUCGUUGAUAUUUAUCGAAAACAAUAAUAAAAAUUUCAACACUUGACAUUGUGGCUGUCCAGAACAGCUGGAACAAAGCUACAAAUAGGUAAACACAGUCAGCUAAAUUUGCGCCAAGGACAGACAUGACGCCGCCACCGCCACCGCCAACAACAACUACAGCACAGCCCCAACAACAGCCGCCGCCGCCAAUGGGCCAAAGCAUUGCACCAAGCGGCGCAUUUCCAGGUUCACUCACCCCCGGUUGGAAUGAUCCGCCGCCAGUUAGCGCCGACGCAGGCACGGCCAGCGCUGGCAACCGUCGUCCCCGGCUUGAUCUGCGCAAACGCGUCGCAUAUCCCAUGAAUGGCAGCGGAAGCAAUCCACAAGCAACGCAGCCGCCACCGCCGCCGCCACCGCUCUGAUGUGAUCUGGAACAGCAGCCCAUGGCUGCCACGUCAGCGCUAGAUAAUAACGCAAGCUUAUGAUUUUCAACAAUUCGUGUAAGCACCAACAAUAAUUUACAUAGAUAGCAACAAAAUAUAUACAUAUAUAACAUA